AUCUCCAUCGGAAAGUGCGCUGGCCACAUCCCUUCGGCCUCUGGGCAGUGUUCUGUCUCUCCUAGCUCAGGCAGCGAGAAACUUCAGCUGUGAAGUGGUAGUGGAGAAAGCCUUGGGAGCAGCGACUAGACCCGGACGCCAAGAGGAGAGCAGACGCUCCCCUCGCCCAGGAAUCGCUCUCGCAGGCGGAGACCCAGCAUCCCAGCGCUUGCGGUCGCGCUUGCCUGGCCACGCGCUUUUGCUAGGCGCCGCCAGCCCCGAGGACCCUCGGGGUCCGCGGACCCUUCUGCAGCCGGCGGAAUCCCAAAACUGCCAAGAGCUCCCGGCGGGUGUCGGCAAACUUUUUUCCGAGCCCACGUGCUGACUAAACUGCCCGGCUCGCUUCCCGAGCCUGGGAUGGAGCGCCGCGCCUAGGCACGCCGCGUAGCCCGAGACACAAGCGCACGGUAGGCGAUCCACACCUGGUGCCGUGGCGCUGGGAUAGCCCAUCCGGGGAGCGAAGCGCUUCAGAGCACCCCUUUAAAGCCCUGCGCUCGGCUGCUUCUAUCCCGUUUCCUUCAGCAGAGCUCGCACAACGCCCUUUCCCCAGGGUCAGUAAGCCACUGCUCCGCAGAGGUUGCUAAUUCACUGAUUGUAAUCACCUUUCUCUCCAAGUCGCCUGCAGCUGUGCCAUCUGCGUUAAACUGCUGCGUGAGUCGUGCCCGUUCACCGUGGAGGGAGAGAUGCUCAUCGAGCCAAAUUGAUCAUUGCAGCCUCAGGGCAGUGGCAUCUGUCUCUGAGUCCUCCCUAGGAGCUCGACCCGCACUGUCUCCUUGCAGGAGCUCAGCGUUUCCUCGACUUUUGAGAGGUGUCUCUCCCCAGCCCGACCGUCCAGAUGCGUUUUUGCCUCUUCUCAUUUGCCCUCAUCAUUCUGAACUGUAUGGAUUACAGCCAGUGCCAAGGCAACCGAUGGAGACGCAAUAAGCGAGGUGGGUCGCGCCUGGCUGAAGCUAGUUAUGUAUCAAAUCCCAUUUGCAAGGGUUGUUUGUCUUGUUCAAAGGACAAUGGGUGCAGCAGAUGUCAACAGAAGUUGUUCUUUUUCCUUCGGAGAGAAGGGAUGCGUCAGUAUGGAGAGUGCCUGCACUCCUGCCCAUCAGGAUACUAUGGACACCGAGCCCCAGAUAUGAACAGAUGUGCAAGAUGCAGAAUAGAAAACUGUGAUUCUUGCUUUAGCAAAGACUUUUGUACCAAGUGCAAAGUAGGCUUUUAUUUGCAUAGAGGCCGCUGCUUUGAUGAAUGUCCGGAUGGUUUUGCACCGUUAGAUGAGACCAUGGAAUGUGUAGAAGGUUGUGAAGUUGGUCAUUGGAGUGAAUGGGGAACGUGUAGCAGAAACAACCGCACAUGUGGAUUUAAAUGGGGUCUGGAAACCAGAACACGGCAGAUUGUUAAAAAGCCAGCGAAAGACACAAUACCAUGUCCAACCAUUGCGGAGUCCAGGAGAUGCAAGAUGGCCAUGAGGCACUGUCCAGGAGGGAAGAGAACACCAAAGGCAAAAGAGAAGAGAAACAAGAAGAAGAGACGGAAGCUGAUUGAAAGAGCCCAAGAGCAGCACAGCGUCUUCCUUGCCACAGACAGAGUGAACCAAUAAAAUACAAGAAAAAGCUGGGGCAUUUUGAGGUUUUCUGUUUUGUUUUGCUGUUGUUUUGCAAAUGUGCACAAAGCUACUCUCUAAUCCACACUGGUGGACAGCAUUUCUGAUCCUCUGACCAGUAUCCAUUUUCAGUAAUGUUGUAAAGGGAGGUGCCCAAGCAUGGACUCUGGGUUAUUUAUGCUUUGAUUAGAAUCUGGGACCUGUGAUGGCAGGAGCUUGUUGAGCUGAAUCAGUGUGAUCUGAUGCAUCUGUACUCUUGUGAUGAGCACAGUGUGUUAAAAGAACCUGUCCCUGGCACCGUGGACCUGCAGGAGGCACGAGGCAGUAGAUCACCACUGGAGAAUGCACCUGUGCUUACUUUCAUGGAUGACAAUGCUAAGCGAGCAAGCACUGUUCACUUGUGACUUUCAUUUCUCACACUAUGCAUUGUCAAAGACAAAUGUGCAUGGAAAAAAUGUUUAGUGUCACCUCACGGCAUUCUUAGCAUCGGUGACCUUCAAAUGGUCUUACAAUGAGACUCUCUUCUAACUAGGGAUAUGCAGUGGAAAUGCCUGCUACGUUUCAUUCUAGUGCUAACAUGUACAGAUGCCGCUGAGCUACAUUCAAAGGUCCUUACUGUAUAUUUAUGCUUUCUGUGUGUAACAAGUUAUACCUGAUCGAUAAGAUGUCACUUUGUUUCUAGUGGUUCUUAACCAUGGCCUGGUACAUGGCUGUUCUAGUUUUGAAAAUUGAGAAGCUUUUUGUUGCCUCUUGUUUUCUUUUGUUCUAUUUUUUUGGAGGGGGUGGGCUGGGCUUGUUUCUAAUUGUAAGUAUAGGAUAAGCUAGUUUGUAUAUAGAGUCAAAUAACUGAUGUCAGAGUUUCAGUGCUGAUAGAACUUCCCCAGUUCAUGUCACCACACACACAGAGAGAAAGCAGCAUGCAGCAUCUGGGCCAUCAGAAGCCAAAUUCCAAAAAUUGAUGACUUAUGAAAUACGUCUGAAAACAAGAAGACUUGUGUGCAGUUACUUGUAUUUAUUAUAUAAUUUCCAAUUACUUUUUUUAAGCUCAAAAUAAUCCAUGACUUUGAAUGAUAGGUCACUUGGCAGUAUUCAUGGGUCACUGGGGAAGCUGCUGUCAUGAAACAACCCAGAAAAUGAAAAAGAAAAUGGUAUGGCUUCCCCCAAGUGAGAGCCAUAUCUUACAUUUCUCCAUUGAGUCGAAAUCGACUACAUUAGAACAGAGAACAAGAUGGAAGCUUUCUAGUUGACCCACACAGCCAUGGUUUCCAAAACAUCUUUGUCCCCUUGGGUCAAUUGGUCCUUAGGUUUAUGAAUUGGCAGGUUCUAAAUGCAUUAUUUUCCUGACUGAUCCAGGAGAAAAUUUAGAACAAAGUAAGUUGUAUAGUUUUGAGGAAACAUCCAAAGCAAGGCAAAGCCUUUCCUUGCCUUGCAUUGGCAAAACUACCUCUUUAGCAUUUCUGUUCAUUCAGAAUCAUCUUGCUGUUAUGUAUAGAUGUCUUAAGCUUCAUUAUGAAAAUAUUGAUGCAAGAUAAGCCAUAUCUGAAUGUUCUAUUCGACUUUAGGGCUUGAACUUAAUCCUAAAGUGGUCACCUCUCUCCAUGUCUAUUUACACUCUAUUCCCUAUUUGCUAAGUGGGUGGGGUCUCCUUAAUAUCAUACUUCAUUGUUAUUAAGUCAAUGCUUGUUAUGUUUCUGGGGUGUUGUUUUUGUGCAUUAAAAACUUAAAACAUUG